GGCAGUUAUGACAGUUGCCACACAUGGCAGCUCUUGCUAUUCCAUAGCAAAAUAUCAAAGACUGUUUCCAAAACAUAUAAAACGCUCUCAGAAAACAAAGGAAAACAAGAAGAAGAAACGUUGAAAUUUCUGUACAUUGGACCAGUCUAACAGAAUUAACAAUAAAGCAUCAACACAAGGGCAUCAUCCAAGGUUGUAAAGAUUGCAGGCCAUAAAGAGAAUGGGCAACAAAAAGCAGAGGAGCCCACUACUCCUUCCUCUGCAGAGUCGACACCUCGGCGUCGGCAGGUGCAGGUUCAGAUGGAUUCACCAUUGUUUGAUGAAGAUUCUAAGCUUGAAACUGUGGACCUCCACCAUGCUCCUACCACAAGACUUGGUUCAGAUGAGGGGGACUAUAUGCCUGUGAAUAAUUUCUAUGAGGCCAAGGCUGUAUGCUGUAAGGAGUCUGCAAAGUUGUGGGCAAUUGCAGGUCCAAUUGCUUUCAAUAUUCUGUGCAAUUAUGGGACUAACUCCUUUACUAAUAUCUUUGUUGGGCAUAUUGGAGAUGUGGAGCUCUCUGCUGUUGCUAUUUCUCUCUCUGUUAUUGCAAACUUCUCUUUUGGGUUCUUGCUUGGCAUGGGAAGUGCACUAGAGACGUUAUGUGGACAGGCAUUUGGGGCUGGGCAAGUGUAUUUGCUUGGGGUUUACAUGCAAAGAUCAUGGAUAAUCCUGUUUGUGGCCUGCUUCUUCAUACUGCCCCUUUACAUAUUUGCCACUCCAGUCCUCAAGCUCCUCGGCCAAGAAGAAGAAAUUGCAGAACUAGCCGGAGAAUUCACCAUUCAAGUCAUCCCUCAGAUGUUUUCCCUUGCCGUAAAUUUCCCCACCCAGAAGUUCUUGCAGGCCCAAAGCAAGGUUGGAGUUCUGGCAUGGAUUGGCCUUGUGGCUCUUAUCAUACACAUUGGGGUGCUCUUUCUCCUCAUCAAUGUCUUCAGGUGGGGCACAGCUGGUGCCGCAGCAGCCUAUGACAUCUCGGCCUGGGGGGUGGCUCUUGCCCAGGUUGCUUAUGUUGUUGGCUGGUGUAAGGACGGGUGGAAGGGCUUGUCCUGGCUAGCCUUCAGGGAUAUCUGGAGCUUUGUGAGGCUCUCAGUUGCUUCAGCUGUGAUGCUGUGCUUGGAGAUUUGGUAUUUUAUGACCAUCAUCAUUCUCACCGGCCAUCUGGAUGACCCAGUCGUGGCCGUAGGCUCUCUUUCCAUCUGCAUGAACUUGAAUGGGUGGGAAGGCAUGUUGUUCAUUGGAGUCAAUGCAGCUAUAAGUGUUAGGAUCUCAAACGAGCUAGGAUCAGGGCAUCCCAGAGCUGCCAAAUACUCGGUGAUUGUCACAGUGGUUCAGUCCCUGCUCAUAGGCAUAUUUUUCAUGGCAGUUGUGAUGGCAACUAAGAACCAUUUUGCUGUGAUCUUCACAGACACAAAGGAAAUGCAGCAAGCUGUGGGCAAACUAGCAUACCUUCUAGGUAUAACCAUGGUGCUAAACAGCGUCCAGCCGGUGAUAUCAGGUGUGGCUGUUGGAGGAGGCUGGCAGGCAUUGGUAGCUUACAUCAACUUGUUCUGCUACUACAUUGUUGGGCUCCCUCUUGGAUUCCUUCUGGGCUACAAGGCAAAGAUUGGAGUUGAGGGAAUUUGGAUUGGUAUGAUAUGUGGGACUUUUCUGCAGACCCUCAUUCUCUUGUUUGUGGUUUGGAGAACCAACUGGAACAAAGAGGUGGAAGGGGCAUUGGAGAGGAUGAAGAAGUGGAGUGAAGAAGAUGAAAAGUCCAUCAUGAUGACUUAAAAAAUGGGUCUUCUUUGAUUUUAAGGUUUGGG